AUGAAAGGACUUAAGAUCGGCUUGAACUCCAUUCUGGAUUCUGCCUUUCCUACAGGUGGUCCAGUAAAUGGUUCAGAUGAUACAAAUGUCCAGGCUGGUGGAUUUUCACCCUCGACGCUAUUGGAGACGUUCAUACCCGGAUACAGUCACAUCCAUCGAAUUCUUCUGGUCAAUUUUGGCUUCGAUGUGACAUUGGUUGUGUCAUUUGGCGCUGCACUUUGGGUGUCUGCGAGGAUACUGAAAUCAGUAUGGACAGUUCUUGCGGGUCUAAUGAAGAGUUACUUCAUGGCUGAGAUUACAGUCAGUAGUAAAGAUGAGAUACACGGUCAUCUCAUUCAAUUCUUAGCGCACCAGUACAAAAUCAGCUCAUCACGCCGGUUAAUGGCAGAAACACCAUCGAAGAGUGCCUGGGAACUCGACAAUGAAGACACCGAAAGUCCAGAAACAAGCACGGAUGCGACUGGUCAAAUCAAAUGGCUUAACUUUUCAAAUCAGGAAGCGAAAUCUCAACCAAGGUUUACACCUGCUAUAGGAUCUCAUAAUUUCUGGUUUGACGGUACUUAUUUCCAGCUAAAAAGAAAAGAAGUCAGUGUGCUUGAUGAAAUUGGAGGUGGAGGCGCUGCUGCGUUUAAGGAUAAGGAGGUGCUUACACUUUCUUGUUUCGGGCGGUCGACGGAUUCGAUCAAACGACUGAUCCAGCAUGCCAAAGGACAUUAUCAUCUGGGUCAUAAAGCUAAGACUAUAAUAAAAAGACCAGCACCCAAGGAUUUGAGAAGGUUUGGUGGAAGAGGAUCUUGGGUGAAGAUUGCCGAGAGACCUUGUAGACCGAUGAAAACAGUCGUCCUUGACGAAGCCCGGAAAAUGGAUGUCUUGGCCGAUAUAAACGAAUACUUGAACCCGACAACAGCACGAUGGUACGCCAAUAGAGGUAUUCCAUAUCGAAGAGGAUAUCUUUUCUACGGACCUCCUGGAACUGGCAAAACUUCACUCACAUUCGCCCUCGCUGGAGUGUUUGGCCUUGACAUCCACGUUGUAUCUCUGCUCGAACCAACCCUUACAGAAGAAGAACUAGGCAUGCUCUUCACCAACCUCCCAGCUCGUUGCAUCGUCCUUCUCGAAGAUAUCGACACCGCAGGGCUCAUCCGCGUCGAAGCCCCUGAAGAAACUACUGAAAGCGACGACAAACGUGAUUUCAACGUCGGCGAUCUCACUAAGGCGUUUAAAAAGGCGAGAGUCGCAUCCCACGAAGGUCGUGUUUUAGUAAUGACAACCAACCAUCCAGAAAAGCUCGACGAAGCGCUCAUCCGUCCCGGCCGCGUAGACCAUCAAGUCCCAUUCUCCCACGCCUCGCAAACCCAAAUCAAAGAACUCUUCGAACGAAUGUACACGGACGAUCUCCCUACUACAAAGAUCGUCAUCGCACCAGAUUCACAAUCGGAUGUGCUUACACCGCCAAUGACGCCUAUCUCCGUUGAAUUUGAGAAAAAUGGACAUGGUGGUGAGGAGUCGGAGCUGGAGGAUAUAGCACGCAGAUUCUCGAAAAAGGUUCCGGAGAACAUGUUCUCGCCUGCGGAGAUUCAGGGGUUCUUGUUGAAGAGGAAGACGGAGCCUAGGAAGGCUUUGGAGGAGGUGGGGGAGUGGGUUAGGGGUAUGGAGGGGAUUAAGAAGGGGGUGGGGAGGAGUUUUGGGGAGGGAAGAUGA